GAUAAUUACUUCAGAUCAUGGCAAAUACUAAUGUGUCUUCCGGUUUCAGUAUUAUCGAAAACAAUUGACUGAAGGAAGCAUUUUUUCGUUUAACGUUUAUCAAUCCUGUUCCAAAGACGAUAAGUUUAAGUUCUUGAUAUGUUUUUCGCUGCAAGUUGGUGUUUGGGCAGAUGGAUAUGGAUUUUACCUAUAGUAACAAAUGUGUGGAUUUGGUUUUCAUUCGCAACUACAUAUGGGCUAGCUGUUGCACAGAAUCACACAUUUCCAGAUUUUCCAUAUAUUAGUUAUACUGGCGUAGAAGAACCAGAGAGUGGUAUAUUUACGUUCUGUGUUGCUGUGUCAGCUAUCAUGUUGGCUGCAAAUGCUGAAAUGAGAUUUCUAUUUAUCAGAGAAAAGAUGACAAGAAACCGAGCAAAUUUUAGUAAACACUGGCAGAGAGCAAAUACUGCUGGACUUGUUCUAGCUAUAUUGUCGUCAUUAGGUCUCUUAUUGGUAGCAUGUUUUCAAGUGGAUACCAUGAAGCCACCUCAUUAUACAGGUGCUUUCCUUUGUUUUACACUGGCAGUGGGAUACCUUUGGUUGCAAACAGCUUUCACAUUUAAGCUACAGAGAGCAAGAUGGGAGUUUGUGUGGCAAAUUAUUAAUUCUAUUGCCACUUGCAUAAUAUUUUUGCUGUUUUCUUUUUCAAAAACGUAUUAUAAAAUGCAGCGGAAGGCACAUCCGGAGUACACAAAAUGGGACAAACUAAGAGGCGUUUUCUUGCUGUCAACAAUAACCGAAUGGCUACUAGCACUGUCAAUCAUGGCCUUUGUCAUAACCUUUGUGAGCUGUUUUAGAGAAUUACGUGUAAUAACAAUAGACGUUCAGUUAAAGGAAGACCAUAAUAGGUACCGAGAUCAGGAAAAUGGACAGCUACAAGAAUCAUUAACGGACCCUUCGAACGCUUAGCAUGAGGUUGUAUGAUGGAAUUCAGCAGUUAAUUAUCAUGACAAAAGUAUAAUGAUAAUUGUGAUUACUAAGACUAUCGAUAAUAGUGACUUUGCGUUCGAGUGUUGUACAUCUUAUGGAUGUUUUGACGUAUGGUUUGCUAGCAAUGUAUAUUAAGCCUUUUAAAUGCAAUUGUUUUAAUUUUUUUACAACAGAACAUUUUACUUUUUAGUUUUUUCAUGACGUGUUAUAGUUUUUUUUUUGAUGUUUUUGUAUGUUACAUUUUUUACUUAAAUUAACCAUGCGGUGUGUUUAUAUUUUUAUAUAUAUUUUUCUAUUCAAAUAUAAUUUUCAUCAAUUGAAAAUAGAGUGCCUGUUAGUAAAUGUUUAAAAUAUAUUGUAAUACAACUGAUUUGUAACUAUAAGGUGAGUCAAUGGUUUAGAAGAAACAUGUGUUCUGCCAAAACUUUGUUGGUAAUAUAACAUUGGUCCCAAUGUACUUUGCAUUUACUCUUUUUACCAGGAGUAAGAUUAUUUUUUUACAGUGUUACAAUUGAUUUUGAUAUUUGUUAUAUUAUAUAAGACUUUAUAAAUACUGUUAGAUCGAUAGAUGUUUGGAUGUUACAGUGUUCAACAUGUAUAUCCAGUAUACUUAAAUGUACAGAAAAAUAUGUCUAUGAAGGACGACUACCUAUUAGUUCCAUUUAUAUACAGGAGCUCUUGAUAAAGAAGUUAUAAAAAAGGAAACAGGUUAUAAUACUGUGUAAAGUGUUUGCUUUGAGAAAUCACUGGAUGAUGGGAAUCCCUAACGAUUGUACUUGCUAAUAACGUCAGGUUUUGCGGAUUAAUUGAUCUUUUAUACAAGUUAUUUACCAAGUCAGCAUUUUCAAACCAGUCGUGUUUACUAGACCUCCAAGAACUGACUGUGUUGGUGCUUUAUUUUUGUGCUAGUGAAAUACAAAUAUACAAAUUAAUACCAAUAUGCACUUAUUCCCUACUUUAUAAUAAUUUAUAUGCGAAACCUUUUUUCUGAUUCACCUUUGAAUGAAUUGGUUUUUUUUAAUUUGAUUAUGUUGCUAUAUUUUGUUGAACAUAUUAUUUUAUAUCUCGCACCAUGCACAGCUGUUUAUCACGGGUAUCACAUACAAUAUAUGAAGUAUAAUUGUUAGGGUUUUAUUACAAUACGUUUUUAGUAAAGUUCAAAUGUUUGUAUUUCAAAUAUAACUGAUUAUAUACAAGUUCGAUGUUUUGUCAUUUCUGAUCAUAUAAUAAACCAAUCAUUUAUAAACGUUUAAUAUGUAAAGUUAUUUAAUUCUUAUGUCUUGAUAGACAAUUCUUUAUAACCCACAUUUGUAAUUGAGCAAAAUUAACCGAUUUGUAUUAUAAGAAAGACAACUUUGAUUUGUCUUCGUAUAAAUUUAUCGUUAUGUCUUGUGUCGAUUUGAACAUAUAAGGUAUGUUAUAAUGUCGAUCUGAAUAAAAUGAUGGCUCCUGAUAAGUGCAUUUUUUACACAUGCAAGUAUAAUUAUCCAGAUUCUGUGGCAUGUUUUUUCUAAAUAAUUUUUAACGUUCCUUUAAUAAAAAAGAAUGCAUAUAUAGAAACAAUACAAGACGAUGUUUCAUUAUUAUGAACAUAGAAGAUUGGCAUAUAACUUCUCUUGUUUCAUAUACAUUCUUUAUGGCUUUAGAAUAAAUGGUCACGUAGAACACAUAGUAGCUAUGGAACUUUGUAAGAAUGACAAAAAAAGAAUUGUGGAAAAAGUUUUCUAUGUUUGCAUUUAUAUUGGAGUUUAAUAUCGAUUACACUUUUGACGUAUUUAGAAAUAUAAGUUUUUAGAUAUAUUUCGAUAUUUUCUGAAAAAAUAUUGAGUUUACAACAAAUAACAUUUUUUUUUUACCUUGAACACGUCCAUGAAAACGCGAGAGCAUAAACUAUUAGGCUCACCUUACUUUCAUUUUAAGAGCAAACCACUAAACUAGUCCUCAGUUAUGCGUUUAUUUCUUGUUUUAGCCCUUCUGUCUAGCAUCAACAAUCGGUUACACAUCACAGAAUAAAUGAACGACUAAAUAUCACAAUUUUGGUACGAACGAUCAGUACUUUUUCAGGUCAAAAAUAUGAAACAUUGAUUAGCAAUGAUUUAAAUAUUUCAAAACGGUUGUAAAGGCAAGUAUAUUGAAAGUAUAAGUAAAUGUAUAAUUGAUACAAUUAUUUUUGGUUCAUGUAAUGCUUUGUUUAUAAAAUUGAUAAGACUGUAAAAUGUGAUAUUUUAGACAUGUAAUUGUUGAUACAUGUGGAUAUAUAAGACAUGUAAUUGUUGAUACAUGUGGUUUGCUAUGUUUACAUGUUUUAAUUGUUUGUAUAGUGAUAUUAAAUUUGUGUUAAAAUUCUUA